CCUCUCUUUCCCCUCUCUCUCUCCCUCUUUCAAUCUCCAUCUCUUUCUUGGACAGAAACCCCCAAACCCCAGCGAAAAGCGGUGGAGACUAACACUCUACUGAUGCAACUGUUGCAAUGGCAAACUAAUGGUUCGAAGAUGAAUGGAAGAUGUUCAGUUAGCUGUGAACGUCAUUUUGGUGACUGUGGAGAGCUUUCUAAACACGAUGCAAAUAUUGAUGAUGUUCUGCGCGGAGUGCAGCACAUAACAUACAAAAGAAAUUGUUCCAUGCUAUCAAAAUCCAGUAGAAUGUCUCAGAACUUCGUGUACGUAUACCAACGUAGAGAAGACAAUAAGAAGUCUCCUUCAUUCUUCGAAAUUUUUUCUUCUGCCACUGCUAAAGCUAGUAAUGCUGGCCACUCUGCCUUUGGUUCUGAUGCUCCUCUGUUGGAUGCCAAAGAGCGUGCAGUUUCUGUUCCGGAGCGUGCAGCAGAAGGUGUGAGAUCUCCUGUGGCGCAUUCAGUUGAAAACAGCAAAAUGGCUACAGCAUCCUCCAAUGAGUUUCGUGCUGUGGACGAAGCUGGUUCUGAAGAGCCAUUGACAACUGAAGUAGACAGAAUUUUGAAUGAUUGCAAUGCUAAGGAUCAUUGUUCACCUGUCUUGAAAGUUCAUACAGAUGAUGCAGGGGAGUGCUCUUCUUCUGGCGCAUUGAUUGCUGGAAAAGCGCCAGAAGAGAUUUCAGAAAGAGAUGCUUGCAUUUCAAUUCUUAGAAGUCAGGGAGUGCUCGAUAGAGUAUGGGUUAGACGAGAUGGAGCGUCUAAUGAACAAACUAACAAAUAUUGUUCCAAGUCGUGCAAAGUAUGUGAGCAGAGGGACAGCUCGAAAAACAUGCUGAUAUGCGAUAAUUGUGAAGAUGCAUUUCAUACUUCUUGCUAUAAUCCUCGCAUAACAAUAUUGCCACUUAGCGAGUGGCUUUGCAGCUCGUGUCUGAAAAAAAAGCAUAAAAUAUUGAACGAGAAAUCUACAAGCAAUAAUCUGGGGAACACAGGCACGGAAACGGGCAUAAAUCGACAUUCAACAUCAGAAUUGGAAUUGGGAUCCUUGGAGUUCAUGUUUACAGAUACUGAACCGUAUAUGUCCAACGCGCGAGUUGGCAAUGAAUUUCAAGCUGAUGUUCCUGAUUGGUGCGGUCCCGUUGAUGAGGUUUGCAAUUAUUUUGGCGACGUAUUAGAAGUGGGUACUUCUAGUAACAUUAACACACAGGACAAGGACGCUAUCAAUUCUUUAAAGCGCAGCCCUAUUGGUAAUUGGAUUCAGUGCCGUGAGGUCAUCGAAGGAGUUGGAGAAGGCAUUGAUGGAACUGAGUGUGGAAAAUGGCGCAGAGCCCCCCUCUUUGAAGUCCAAACGGAUAACUGGGAAUGCUUUCAUUGCAUUCUUUGGGAUCCAACUCGUGCAGACUGUGCCGCGCCCCAGGAACUAGAAACAGAAGAAGUAAUGAAGCAAUUGAAGUAUGUGGAGAUGUUGAGACCUCGGCUAGCUGCAAAAAAGCGCAAACUGGAGAAAUUGAAGGGCAGCAGCUCACAAGACCGUCGAGGUUAUGACGAAAGGCAAAGAUGAUUGGAGGCAGCUAGUAAGUUGUAGAUGAGUAGAAGGAUGUAAGUAUUGAACCACAUAUCGAAAAGCAAAAGAUGCAUCGAAAGGUUUGAACUACAUGGUCUUGAGGAGGCUCUCUUAGGGUAGCUUAAUUGUUGGUUUUAUGUUCUCUUUUGGGUUGUGAACUUUUACUCGUCUUUAGCAGUUGCAGUGUCUAGCUAAAUAGUUUUUGCUGUUUUGAGCAUAUAUAGUCCAUAUUUGGAAAUUUUUUAUUUUGAUCCUAAUCUUUUAGGGUAAAAAGCAGGUGUUUUAGUGUUGAAAUUUCUGAUGAGUGGAAAACCAUGUUGAUGAUCUGAUGAAUGGAAAUUUCAAUAUUA